CCCAUACUUAAAACCCCCUCCCACCCCUCACCUGUAGCAAGCUCUCUCUCCUCCUCCUCCUCCUCCUCCUCUGUCACACGACGGUUCAUUUUGAUCAAGAAUCAGGCUUAUCUUCCAUGUAUUUCUGAUCCUGGUAAGUAUCUCUCUCUCUCCUUCCGUCUCUCGGUUAUUACUCAUCACUUCGGACCUUAGGAGGUGUAGGUAGGUGAGAGAUGGAGGACACAGACUAGUGACGCUACUCCUUGUGGUACACUCUUAGAGCUUAUUGGGAGGGACCUAAUGUAAUAUGAAUCAUAGAACAUGGGGAGGCAAGUGAAGGGAUCUUUUGACACUAAGAACGCCCAUAUCUAGUACGCAAGUGCCAUUACAAGCUUCUCUAAGCCUAGUUUGGGAUCCAAGGUGUAGCUGUUGACAAUGAUGAGUUCAAACAGUUCAUUUCUACUACCAACAAUAUCUCCGGACCAGGUCAGUAUUUUCCUAAGCACCAAGGUCACAGAGGGCUCUAAUUUGAUGGAGUUGAUAAAAAGCUAUCUCUCUCUCUCUCCCUCUCUCUCUCUCUGUGCCUAGUGAAGUUUUCAGACAUGGGUGGGUUUACCCUGUGAUGGCAUCUCUAGAAGCAAAAGGUAAAAACGGUGACGAGGAAACAGAUGCAAUAUAAUCGUAGGGGGUAAGAAGACGAGCACAAUAUAAUAUAUUAGAAUAGGAGGCAGCAAGACGGGAACGAGGAGACGUACCAUUUCGUCAAAGAUUAAUCGCAGCACUUGGUCAAAAGCUGACGGCCAUUCUGAUAAGAUCUUGCAGUCUCGAAAUCUGACCCUGAAUACACGUUUUUUUUUAUCUUCCGGGACAGGAGCUCUUAAUCCACGCACUUAACACGAGAUGUCCGUGACAGUGUAGCAGCAGCAAGAAGAAGAAGAAGAAGAUGAUGAUGAUGACAGAAGUGGCAGAUCACAAACGAGCAAGCCAUGAUGGCUUCGUUCUUCGCGACAUGAGCGGUUCAUCGAGAAGUCACAAUGACAGCAGUGGCGGAAAGAGGCCCAAAACUAGCGAUGGUGGAAGAGGAGCUGCUACGUCCACCAAGGAGAAGGACAGGAUGGGAGAGAGAGUGGCAAAGUUGCAACAACUGGUCUCGCCUUUUGGGAAGUCAGACACAGCAUCUGUUCUUUCGGAGGCCACUGCAUACAUUAAAUUCCUCCAUGAACAACUCCAGGUGCUCUGUGCUCCAUAUCUCAGGAAGGCAGUGACAGGGAAGAUGGAGGGGGAUGAUCAUUACAGCCUCAGAAGCCGUGGCCUGUGUCUUGUGCCGCUGUCCUCCACAUUCCAGAUUGCCCGAAGCAAUGGCGCUGAUCUCUGGGCACCAGUAAACACGAAUAGAAAACCAUAGGACUACUGCUUGCUCGGGGCACUGUAAAAGGGCAGAUGGUUUCUAACUCGAUUCAUUUCAUUCCCUCUUCUGACCUGAGAACUCCUGUUCAUUGUAGAUAUCUUACACUCAGUAAACUGAUAUUGUAUUUGUCC